AUACUCUGGAAUGGGAUGAAGCUCGGAGUUGUAGUGUAUGUCUACUACUAUUGGCGUUGUUGUACAACCGACGUCGGCCCGGACGACACGUGUGCAGCAGGUGGUUGCGAAUUCCCGAAGCAAUGGGCCGGCUGGUGGUUCCAAUCCGGAGUACCUCAACCUUUGCCCAUCAACUCGACGUACAUCGAGACGAAGGGCGAAUGCUACGAGGAGCAAGGAGACAAAUAUUUGGUCUACGACAGGGCGGACAAUUGCUACAGAUGCAUGGCGAUUCACGUGAAGCACUCGAGCGUUCUGCAAUAUAAAGAGACGUUUUGCGAGAGCAAAGCUUCUUUGCAGGAGAUCUGCUACGGGAUAACAGGAGACGCAUCUUUGUACAGCAUGUUUCGAAAGUCACCGGAAGCGAAGCCCGUUCCGUGUCCAUUCAAGAGUGCUCCUUUUACCUUCUCCUACAAUAGGGGAUCAGGUGAUUGCAAAGAUCCACCGAGCAAGGCGGAAAGCUGCACCGACGAUUCCCGUCUGGUCCUCAAGUAUCAGGCUUGUUUGGAUGAUCCAUCCACGGAAACCCAUGUCGAGGAAUUAGUGUGUUUGGCCACGUGGAAGGAAGGCUCCACGCGUUAUUUGAUCGGAAAGAUAUCGCAGGGGAAUCGGAGGGCCCUCACCUCCGACGAGGAUCAAUACCGAUGCUUCAUUUACCUGAAGAGCACCGAUAAAGGAAAGGUGGUCUACCACAUCGCCCAGUCCGGCGAUGCCAGCUGCAACGGUCUGCAGAGCGUCCACGAGGGCAGCAGGACGAUGAAGUUCACCGCCGUCGAUAACCAUCAUAACAGAUGCAAAUUCCCCACCUGGAUCACCGAUCAUCACACCUGGCUCAGUCUGGAUCACAAGAAGACCUACAAAUUCUCGCAGAGAAACGCCACUCUGAAAAUCCUCGACGAGGAGCCGAAACUCGGCAGGAACAGUCAGCAGACUCAGCAGCCGCAGCAACAUUUCGCCUUCCAAGAGUUCGGAUUCGUGUCUCAAGAUCAGCACCGGCAGAACUCCGAGAUGAGGGUGAUCUGUCACGCGAUUUUGGAGUCUAAGGAGCAGAAGAAGGUGCAGAUCGUGGCGCACAUCACCGCAGGAUGCGAUAGCGGAUAUGUCUGCAUGGUUUUCUACAAGCGCGACUCUCACGUGAUCGAGAUUCAGCAAUCUGAAGAUUACCACGAUAAUCCCGACGAUGCGUGCAACUCCUUCGAUCCAACAACAACGCCGUUCACCACUUUGAUAACUACGACUCUGCACCCUAAGAAAUGCCCGAACGUAGGCAGAUUCACGCUCCUCGAGAACUUACCGAUGACUGGAGAAAGACGCAAACGUAGACAGCAACAAGAAACUGGUUUGGAGAGUAUGCCGAAUGCGCCGAUAGCCCCAGAAUGUUUGACCCCGAAAUACGAAGCCCUGUCCGUCGGAUGCAAUUCGAACGAGCUGAUGGAAUUCAAAACCGCCUGCCUGCAGCAGCCCACGAACGCCUUCACGUGUCACGGCUCCUGGCAGGACAAUAACACGUUCUACGUGAUCACGUCGCCGACGUCGCGCAAGAGCGCAGAUACUCUGCGAUAUUGUUUCAUCUAUACGGUGACCCAUCAGGACGGAGGAACUCCUUCAACGUCAGUCGCCGGAGUUCCGCAAGGAUCUAAACCACCGACCGGCGGAGGACCUCCGAUUCUCAGACUCUCGGCAAUAUCAGAGUCCUGUCACAGGCACAUCUCGCCCGGAAUAGACGGAGCUUGGGCCUUCAACUUUACAAGCAACGGAAAAUUCGAGUCUUGCGCCGAGGUGGAGACCGAAAGCGCCGCUUCGGCCCUUCUGCCCUCGUUCAUCAUCCUCGUGACGCUGUCUUGGAUCACCGCGGUCAUUUUAAGAUGAUGAAGAUGGAACCAAAUCUAUACGCUUACUGAAUAUUAAGGGGAUAAGACAACAACUGCAGCUGCUACAAAGGAAAACACCCGACAAAAGAAAACAACACAUCUAUAUAUAUAUAAAGAAAAAAAUAAAGAGACUCAUUGAAGAAGGAUUAAAAAAAAUACAUAAUACGCUAGUGCGAAUUCCCUCGAGAAGAAAAUUGCGAGUAUAACAAAAAUAAUAAUAAUAAUUUGUAUAGAAGAGUAUUAAUCUCUCCACGAAAGCCCAAAAAAAAAAAC